AUGGACGCCAAGAAGGGGCGAAAACGUAAAGGAAAAUCGAAUUCUUUCGAUCUAAAGCAACUUACAAAGGGACAAAAGAAACAUCUGAAGGAAUAUGGAGAAUUGCAUCCUGUUGAUCUGGAGUGAGUGAUACUUUAAGCUUCGUAUAUUAAAGAUAUAUUAAUUAAAAAUCUGCUUUUAAUUGUGGAAAUUCUACAAAUAAUUACACGUGUUUAUUAAUGGCAUGCCUACGACUCACAAUAAUUUAGCACUGUGUAGAAUUGCCUUCUUUAUUAGCAGCUUUCUUAUAUUUUUACCAUGGAAUGGUCCAAUCCGUGAAUUAAAAUUGUCGUGGAUGAAUAUAAAACAGGAUUUAUUCUAUAAUAUACACAGACAAGCUAUGUAUUACAGUAAUUCUGUCAGAUUAACAUAUCUCAGCUAUCUGUAGCACAUUGGGAUCUGGUGUCAGACGAAUACUCAUGGCGGUUUUUAAGACCACUCAGAUAGAUCAACCAGGCCUUUGUUUUGCCACAUUUUAGAGAUAAUGAACAUGAAACACAGGCAACUACAAUGAAAAAGCCAAAGAAGAUUGAGAGAAUUAUUGAUGAUUCAAUGAAAACGACCAAGGUUUUUUAAUAUUUCUUAAGGAUUUAUAUUUUAUACUUUGUAAAGAGGGUUAAGAAAUAUGCCAUUUCUUAUGGGAUUAUCAACAAUAGAUGAUAAAGUGUUUCUGUUAGAGUAGAGAGAUCUAGUGAGAACUAUUUCUUUGGCCUGUUUUCCAUUUGACAAAAUGGCAACGUUUUUGAGCUAGAAGCUUAGCACGUGAAAAGUGAUGUCGAUGAAGGAAAAAUGUCACUUUAUGUGAUUUGAUUCACGAAGAGCAUGACGGGCGUCAAUGGCACACUCUUGCCACAGGAAUAGCUGGAGUACCUGGAGAAAACCAGGGACAAACUGGAAGGAUGCUCCCUUGUCACAUGCAACUGAGGCAAAUUUUUAGUUAGAAAAGUGUAUAUGCAGGAAUUGAACCCUACAGUAGUUGAAAAUGUGAAACACACAUACUCUAGCCACAGUGUGUCGUGAACACCAUCCUCAAUGCACUGCUAACUUGAUGUACUAUAUGAUCGUUUGCAGGAAAAAGACCAUACUAAAACGAUCCAUAAAGAGAAGUGUGUACAGGUAUGUAUCUCUCUGGGUAAUGGAGCUAGUGUUUUGGUAGAUCCCAAUGUGGUAGAUAUAGGCUUCUUUAAGUUCUUAUAGUACUGUUUUAUUCAGCUGUUGUAAUAUUACAUCCAUUAUUAAAGGAAUAAGUACUGAAUGGUUUUCUGUGCAGGAUUGUGUGAUCCAUGCACAAGGGAUGUCGUGAGACUUUCGGAAAGCAUAAAAACACUCAAACCAUUUGUAAAAUCAGCAUCAUAAAGUAACUAGUUCCACAAUUCAGUCAUUUUAUAAACUGAAAUACCCUCUUAGUACUAUAAAUUGUAAACCUUCAGGAUGUUAAGGACGAUGAUGAACUUGAAGAAAUAUCAGCUUACCAGAAGUUGGUCUCCUCCUUUAUGAAUGGUCAAGCCUUGAGCAAGAAAAAAAUAACAAAAAAACUUACCAAGAAACUCAAUCAAAACAACACCAACAAUGUUGUUGAAAAGUCAACUAAAGACUCUAUGAUGGUUAGUCCAUUGCUAAUUACAGUUAUUUAUCAUUUUACAGUUUUUAAAACUCAAAUGUCACUCAUUGUUUUUUUCCUGUUAUUUGUUAUUCAUUGUUCCGCUUCCACCAUUGAUUAUUUAGGAGAAAAAUUUAGACAUAAAAGAUAACAAAGAUAACGAAAAAUUAGAAGAAGAGGUUUUGAAUUUGAAUGAAGGAAACGAUUCAGAUUCAGAGGAUGAAAUGAAACCAUUGCAAGGAAGUAUGUUUCUUUGCCACAGUUACACACUAGCAAAUUAAUUAUUAGUGAGACAAACUAUCUUUUUCCUUGGUGAUGCUUAUGCAUCAUCUUUCUCUAGUUUUGAAAUCUGACCACUAUCAUCUGAAUGCUGCUAAGAUCUGAAUUUAUUCCAUUUUAAGGGAUGCAGCCUGAACCAUUUUCCCAACAUUUUGAAGUUGAUCUUGAAGAAGAUGUUAUUGAAAGGCUGGGAAAUAGGCCGUCAGUAAAACCAAUAAAAGUAAGUGAAGUUUUACUGACAGUACUUAUCAGCGGAUAAUGGCUUGUUUGGCUGGUUGCUAACAGGGGCCAGUUAUGGUAAGCAUUCCCUGUUUGUGGAAUACUAUUUAGAAAAAACUAUCAAUGACUGUUUUAUAUUUUUAGACUGCAGUUAAGAGUGGUACAGCGGUGCAUUAUCCAUCAUUGCCUGAGGCACAGUUGAAAGAUUUUCCUGCUAUGGACCCACAGUCAACUCUGGAAAGUUUAUGGGUGCGUACAGUAAAUAAUAAAUCGUAGGCAAGAAGGAGCUCAUUGUGUAUGUAAUGUAUCAUACACUAUUAUAAUGAUUUAAGAUGCUGAAUGAUUUAAAAUGAAUUAUUAAUAAUGAAUUGUAUUUUUUCACAUGUUUUAGGUGAAGCCCAAACUUGGUCAAAAUUGGAAUAACCUCAAUCACGAGAACAGAGUAAAUGGUAAGAAAAACUAUCCUUUAAAGAUGAUUUCGACUCCGUUCUGCACACAGUGGCGGCGCCAAAUGCCCCCCCAAAAUUAUUUUUGGCCCCCCCAUUUUGCCCCCCCUCAAAAAAAAUUAUUAGUCACUAAAGGCUACACAAGUGUUCUGUCGUUAUCGGAAAAUGUAUGGCUUAUAAGUUGUCAUUAGUCAUUUGUGAAUGCGCGUAUACAUGAAACUGUUUUUUACAGUUUCAAUAUUAGUUUGUAAAUCUCUGAAUGGUAAAACUUGCCAAUACUCCAAUAAUAUGUUUCAAAAAAAGACAAAAAAGCUUUAGUUUUGCAGAGUUAAAUUCUCAAACGUGUAAGGCAAUAAUAAGAUGAAAGUAUCACGAAAUUAUUUGAAUAAACCACAUCGCAUAUAUGGGGGGCGAAUGUCCUAAAGAGGGACGAUAUUCCUAGGGUAUUUGCCCCCCCCCCCUGGGAGGCGAUAUUCCUAGGAUAUUCGCCCCCGGGGGCGAUAUUCCUAGGAAUAUCAUCACGUUUUGAGGGGGGGGGGCGAAUUUCCUGGGGGGCGACCUUUUUAAAAAUUCGAUCUUGCCCCCCCAAAAUUUGAGUUUGCCCCUCAAAUGCCCCCCCCAAAUUUGGAAGCCUGGCGCCGCCACUGUAUUUUAUAUUGACUAAGAUGUUAUAAUUUGGCUAAACGAAUAUUUUUAUCAUAUUUAAUUUAUUUCAGCUCAUUGCGAUGUUUUCCCUGAAUCACUCUGUUGUUGUAAGUAAAAUUGAAUUGGUCUUCGUAUUUUUCUGUUUCUUUGUAUGCUGUUUUUUUUCUCUACUUCAAUAUGCCAUUAAUAGGAAACUUUAAUAAAGUUUGUCUUAUUUAUAAGUGAAUCUUACUUCUUGUUGUGUCAAUCUUGCACAUAACGAUCCGAGACCAUUUCUCGCGUAAUUACAAAAUGAAAGCAUGCGCCAAUAUUGAUUUAAUCUGUAGUAAUUUCAGUAGGUUCAGAAAUAUUAGAUUUUGUUUCCAAAGAUACUAUAUUGAUAUUAAUAAUAGAAUAAUUCUAACUGGAUACUAUGUUAAUAUUUUUAUCUAUUAUCUUUAUGCAUGGCAUAUUGUGGUUCUGAAUUAAACCUUUUAAUUCGUGUAAUUAUUGAUUUUCACGAAAACAUUAUGCACAUACCAAAUACCCGCAUUUACCUUUCCAUCAUACUUUUUCAUUCUUUCAAUAAGACCAGCCUAACAAUGUUUUGAUGGAACAAAUGGACACAACCAGCGCGAUGUUAACGUGGCCAGAUUUGACAAAUUGCAGUAUUAAUUCAACCAUGCUGUCCGGCUUUGUUGUCAAGUAUAGUUCAACAAAUCUGAAAGACCUAUGCCAAGAAGGAUCGUUCACAACAAGUGUUGAGGUUAAUAUACAUUAUUCUAUAUUGUUAUCUUUAUUACAUUCCCAUGGCAGUAAUUGAAAAAGAGCGUAUUAGUGAUCUAGUCAGAUGUCAUAUAAAUUAGAAUACGUGCCCACAUGAGUAUAAGGGGAACAAAUAAUAUUCCCCUUAUACACCUGUACAGGUAUUUCCCUUAAAUAUUCCCAUUAAUUUUUACUAAAUAUGUCCUACAGUUGCAAACUAAGCAAGACUUAACUCGAAAGGAAGAGCGAUACUCCAAUUUGAAAACAGAGAGAGGGGGUGUUUGGCGAUAAAAAUGUCUUCCGUGUGCAAAAAGUGGAGGAGAUGAGUUGGCACCGUUUCGGUUCGAAAUCAGGAUUCUCGAUUUACCGAGUCAAACACCAAAAGCACACAAAACAUCCAGGGGUCUAGAGACAUGCUCUUCCACAAAACGUUAAGAUUUUUUUGAGACUUAGAAACGUUAUUUCCCGCAUUCAGAUAGCCGGUUUAUUCGUAAAAUCAACUCAUAAACAGUGACAUAAUGACUCAUUUGAUGGACUAGCCGUCUCUAAAUUUUACUCUAAGCUAAAGAAUUUGAAAUAUUUUUUGUCCAACAAGAUCAAACACAUAAUAAAGAGCAUUUGUGGUAAUAUUUGAGAAGCUGAUUAACACUUCAGUUAUUGGUUACUUGACAUGUGCAACCACACCAGCAUCCCAUUUAUUACCAUAUUGUAGGGAAAGAAGGGAUACUCUCUUCGCUUGGUUAGUUCAUAGUUAAUAGAAAUAAACAUGGUUAGGAAGGCCGGUAUACUUCAAAGGAUUUCCUAUUCAAACUUCAACUGAUGUUGAAAUGUAAUUCUGAGUGCACACAUCUUUUGUCUUGCGUUUAUUAAUAUUCAAAUGUUACGGUUCAGCGAUUAAAACGAAGGUUUUUAUUGGGUAAUCGCCUCAUUAUGCAGAAUCCGAGUGCACAAAUUUCCAUAAACUUGGACAACAACAUAGAACAAUGACUUUUUUCAAACUUCCAAACCAUGUUUAUUUUCUAAUAACUAUGGUUGGUUGGAAUAUAGCGAAUGGUGUUAAUUAAACUGUCAAAAAAUUGAGAAUCGAAAUAUUUUCGUUUCAAGCAGCUAGUAAUAGAGUCCUCAUUCAUAAAUUACAUUCUGUUAUAUGCUAUCUUUCCAUGAACGUGAAGUUAUUCUGUUUUAAUUUUUUCAUGAAAAUUCUUACCCAUUCAUCAACUGAUCGAGUCGGUUUACUCAUAACUGUAGUUGUCGUAUGUAUUUGACAUUUUACGCUAAGUUCCUUGCAUAUAUCUUGGCGUAUUAUUCAUUAUACUGUGUCCUCGUUUUUUCAUUGGCUAAAAGCCUACAAAUAAUUUUAGGUAUUUCCGUAUCCCUUAUUAUUGGACGGAGCCCGAGAUAUUUCAGCGGUGCUUUGUGCGAAAAUACAAAUUGGCAGGAAAUUUUACUGAUGAAAAGCUAAUGAAUUUAAUGAAUUUUUAUUUUGUUUUUGAUGUUACUGUGAGUGUAUACCCACACCGUGCAGGCUGAAAAGUUAGCCUAAACACAGCGGAAUGGAAACCGCGACCUUUGGAAUAUUAGUCCAAUGCUCUGCCAACUGAGCUACGAGGCCAAUUCUGUUCGAGUGUGUGGUAUUUCGAAAUUAAUAUGUUAGUGUGCGUUUUGAUGUUAUGUACUCAGGUAAAAAUAUUGUUUUUGAUGUUUCUCUGAGGGUUAGCCUGACCACGUUGGGAAUGGAACCCGCGACCAUUGGGAUACUAGUCCAGUUCGUUACUAGUUUCGUAGCUCAAUUGGCAGAGUAGUAUCCCAAAGGUCGCGGGUUUGAUUCCCACCGUGGUCCGGUGUGAAUAUACACUCAGAGUAUUAACAUCAGAAACAUUAUAUUCACCUGAGUACAUAACAUCAAAACACACACAAAAUAUUUAACAAUUAUACCAUGAGUUCGAGUCGUAUAGCUAUCAGCCAUAUACGACGAGAGCGAAUGGUAUAAUUGUUUUAUAAUAUAAUCUAAGAGCCAUUAACUGAAGAAAUAAUUAAUUAUCCUCUGUUACAAUGUCUUGACAAUUUGCCGGGCUAAAAACUGCUUGGCCUUGAAAAUUUGAAAUACUUUUAACUUUUGUUUUACAACUCGAAGACGAAGUGAAAGAUAAGGUUUUAGAACCGGUAUAUCUCACAGAAAAGGUCAGAUAUAUUAUACAGAUGUUUGGUAGUAUAGUAAGUGCUUGUUGACUGCAAAUUCAUUUGUCUUUCGUUGCGAACUUUUCUGAACAAUCUAUAUUCUUAAUGAACAUGUUUUUUUCGCUGUUGUUUCGGUAUUAAUUCUUUAAAAAACUUGUAUUUAAACUAAUUUCUAUGUAAUAAAUGUAUUUUGCUAACCUGUCAAAUUUAUUUGAGAGUUUUUGCUUGCACUAUUAUCUUUCUCAAAGCGAAUAUUUUCUAUUUUUCUGCUUCGCAAAACGCAUGUAGUUUUUGGACCGCCAUCUUGUCUUCCGCUACUCGCCGUAUAUGAGCUGAUAUACGGCGAGUAAUUCAACCAAUCAGAUUGCAGAACAGCUCAUAUACGAUGAUUGACUAUAUUAUAACAUGAAUUUUUCUUUGUUUUUAAUUUAUGUUUGUUUUAUUUUUUAUUGUCACAGAGUGAAUAAUAAAACAAUUGUUGAAUUCGGCUUAUACGUAGGAUAUCAAGAAUUAUUCAAACCUCGGUCAAUGCUAUCUGAUUCAGCCUUCAUGCUCAGCCUCAUCUAAUAAUUGUUAUUAUUAUACAUUAUAGCAUAGGCUGCCCAAAAGUGCGUGUUGAAAUUUUUACCCUCGCGCGUGGCGCUCGGGCAUGCAUCGUGUCUACUCAGUUUAUUAUUAUGACAAACCGAAAAACCGAAAGUAAUUCGCUUUUUUAACAACCUUAGAAUGAACUUUUGAAUUUAAAACUUUGAGAGAAUGUAGUAAAAUUACCAGUGUUUGAAAUGAUGUAGAUUUUAUAUUGUUUUUGUUUGUAAUUUGCGAAAUAUUCGUCUAGUAAACGUUGUAAUAAAUUUCCGUUAAAACUCUUGCCAACCUUGUCAUAAUAAUAAACUGAGUAGACACGAUGCAUGCCCAAGCGCCACGCGCGAGGGUAAAAAUUUCAACACGCACUUUUGGGCAGCCUAUGAUUAUAGUUGUUAAAUCGCGCGCAAUCACGCAAGUAUAGCUAGCAGAUAACUGAGUUAUCUGAAAAUAAGCCUCAGCCUGCGAUGAUUAACCAAGCAGAUAACUGAGUUAUUUGCAAAUGAGCUUGCGAUGAUUAACAAUAUUUAACACAAACAAAUGAAUAAUAAAACAAUUAUUGAAUUCGAUUUUUGCAAUAUGCAAAAUUAUCGAGGUUUCGGUAAGCAUUAUUAGCCUCGCCUUCGGCUCGGCUGAUAACGCUUACCGCGACCUUGAUAAUUCUGUAUAUCGCAAAACCUCGUCCAAUAAUUGUUAAAUAAUUUUGCAUGGUUAGCGGAUAAUUGAUAUGAAAAACUCUGCUUGGUUACAAUUAUUACUGGAUUGAAGGUUUUGUACGUAGUUCAAACAGAUCCCAUCAUGCAUGUCUUAAUUGUCUAUAUAUUUAUUCUUCAUCUAGGAUGCUCUAAAUCAAUCGCGCAUAAUCGUUCGCCAGCUUCGACCACUAUGCCAGAAUUACACUUUUCAGGUAAAUAGUAUAGAUUUAGUUAACAAUAAUUUAAUUAUGCAAAUACAUUAAGACACCCGCCAACUCUAUAGGGGGCUGACUACAUGAAGCGAUUUAAUCCUGGGCUGAGUUUCAACACGACUACCUGGGCUGAAAAUUUUGUCGAUUGCAUGGACAUUUUCAAUCUGAUUCAGCCCGCGGGUAAAUUUAUCGCAGGCUUCGUGGGUAGUACGAAAUCAACGCGCGAAUUUUGAUAGAAAUACUACAACACGUGCGUAUAAGGAGUUUCAUCCCGGGCUGAAAUGAUUACAUGGCGAGUUUUCAGCCCGGGUAGCUCGAACCGGGCUGAAAUUUCAGCCCGGGCUGAAAUUCUUGCCAUGUAAUCGCGCGCGGGAUUUUAUUGGAAUAUACCGUUUAAACGUUGGGCUGAUACACAGCCCGGGCUGCAAUCACUCCAUGUAAUCAGCCGCUAGGUCUGCAUCCAUCUUAGUCAUAAAAACCUUUUACGGUAAAAGUGAAUGCCUGAAACACGGCUAUCCAUGGUCUUGUCUAAAAGUACACACGAGUGACCACGAAUGACCACAGAUGACCACGAAUGACUACGAGUGACCACGAAUGACCACGAGUGACCACGAAUAACCACGAGUGAUUUCUGUAUUUAAAAGUCAUAAAAUAAUAAUAAAAAACUAUUUUAAGGUCGCUCCAUAGGGGUUUUGCAUUAUACUACACUUUUGUAUUCAGAAAACUCCUGUUUCUUCACUUUACAUUACAUGAAGACGAAAUUUAUUGGACGCAUUAACAAUGCUCUCCUGAACAUUGCAAUUAACUACUUUUGCACUGAAAGUCCGUUAACAUGGUAACAGUGUGAUUUGGAUAAUUAAGGUCAAGUUUUGUCUUUUUUCGGCCAAAAUUUUAAAAUUUGCAGAAAAGAUCAGUUCUCGUAUAAUGAUUUUUUUCUUCAAUUUAAAAAGAUUUUAUGGAACGUUUCUUAGAUUAUUCCCUUCAAUAAAAUUUUAAGGGAAAAGGAUAUUGAGCUUGUUUGGCCGAUAUUAAGAAAUGUGCAAAGUUUUAAAACAAUUCAAAAAUGAUAACCAUUUUUGUAAAAUAUACAGUCAAUUUACAUCCAAUUUGUUAGCGAAUUUGCUUUAGAAAACGCCAGAAUUGCAGUCCUAGAGCUUCAAAAAUGGAAAUUUUUUUCUCCGGAAACAUAGUAUGACAGUGCAAGUCAUUAUUACAAGAAGCUUUAUUAUAAUUAUUACACUUUAGGUAAAUAUUUAUUAAUUAAAAAUUCAAACUUCAUGUAAAAUCCUCUGACAAACCUCCCACCCAACUUCAGAUGCUUUGCUAUGUUCCUGUAGACUGACGUGUACAAUAGUCGAAAAACUAAAAAAAAUUCCCGAACGGAUUUUUAAAAUGGCCGAAAAAAGACAAAUUUUGAGCCUUAUCCUAGGCACGCUGUUGCCAUGGUAACAGACGUUCUGCGUAAAAGUAGCACAUUGUAAUGGUUCAGGAGAGCAUUGUCAAUGUGUCCAAUAAAUUUCGUCUUCGUGUCAUGUAAAGUGAAGAAACAGGCGUUUUCUGGAUACAAAAGUGUAGUAUAAUGUAAAAACCCUAUGGAGCCACCUUAAAAUAGCUUUUUAUUAUUAUUUUAUGACUUUUAAACACAGAAAUCACUCGUGGUCACUCGUAGUCACUCGUAGUCAUUCGUGGUCACACGUGGUCACUCGUGAUCACUCGUGGUCAUUCGUGGUUGCUCGUGAUCAUUCGUGGUCACUCGUGUGUACUUUUAGACAAGAUCCUAAUCCAUGGAGGAGUGUAUUGUGCUAAUCACCACAAAACGCAAUGGUAUAUAAUAACUUAUUGCAUUGUACUGAGACUAAUAUAGUUGCAAAAUAUUAAGUCGUGACUUAUGUCGAAGUCGAGACUUCUUUCCAUAUUGGGCGAAGAUGAAAUGCCAUGAAUCGAAUAGAUGUUUUAUUAUAUCGUACAAAAAAGUCUGUAACAAAAUAUUGUCUUUUGAACGACAAUAAUACAGCGACAACAUCAUAUAUCGGCGGAUCGGAAAAUUUGCUUAAAUAACUAAACAAAAAGUUAAUAAACUUAUUUUUCAUUUAAAAACAAGCGUGUAUAAAAAAACUUAAUUCCAUGUAGCUUUGUAUGUUUAUUGAAAGUAAUUUAACCUAAUUUUACCAAAAAAAAUCACAAGAGGCCCAGGCUCUAUUGGCCUCGGCUCCUGUGAAAAAAAAGUAUACAAUUUUAUACUAACCUCGCGACUGUCGCAAACAAAGAAAUUUUGCAUUUAUAAUUCUAAACAAAACUGUGAUAUAACGUUUCUUGUGCGUUUGAAAUUAACAAAACAACUGAAAUCUUUGAUAACCAGGAAAAAAAGCCACGAUAAGGAACCUUUCCAACAUAUCGUAACUAAUAUCGGGCAUGCACGUGCAUGAAGACCCGUGAUUGGCCAAUUGCAUCAUUUCCAUGUGAGCGUGCAUAAUAAUUAUCUCGACCGUCGAUGUUUCCCUCGGCUUCGGCUCGGGAACAUCGACGGUCUCAGGUCCACAAAACACACUGUUUCCCUCGGUCUCAAAUUAAAGAACAAAUGAACGUAAAUACAUGAAAUAUUUUAUUGUUAAAACGUUAUACUAAAAACCCGCAGCACUACAGUUACUUAAAGCGAAAGUUUUAAUUACGUACUAGGCAUGUCCAAAGGUCGCAUCUUCACGUGAUGGCGCGCGUGAUUUUUUUUUGUUAUUCGCUGGUCGAUAACGUAUUAUCUUCCUCUCGCGCUGUUGCGAGGGAGACAGCCUAAUUUCGUCACUCUCACGUGAUAUGCUCUCAACCAAUAAAGCACUAGAAAAAUGCGACUUUGACUAUUGAUAUAUAAUAAUAUAUCUCAGUAUUUUUGCACAAGUGAAUAUAAAAUACAAGUCGAUUGGUCAAAUUUGACGUAUUAAGCUUUUACAUUCACCUAUAGGUGAAUAGGCCUAUAACAAAACCGAAAUUUGCAAAAUUGCGGCCAGCUGUUUUGUCCAAGUUACUGAUAAAGAAAUAUAUGGGAAUUAAAAUAAACUCAGUGCAAAAAAAAACACAAAAGACUUAUGUAAAAAUACUAAGACAAUUAUUCGCUUCAGGCUCGGUGAUUAUCGGGGAAUAUUCACUUCCCUGUGAAUAUUCCCCGAUAUUUACCUAGCCUUCGGCGAAUAAUUAUUAAAUCUUCGGUGAGCAGGGGACAAUAGUAGGUUGUAUUGGAUAUAGCGUAGUCCAUGCGCAGGGAAUGCAUGCAGUGCAGUCCGGAACGCGAUCACUGCUCAGCGCAUAGUCUCUUGUUUUCUGCGAUGUACAUAUAGUAGCCAAUAUGAUCAUUAUCUUUCAUUUGCACUUAUAUGUUAUAUAUAUUUUAUAUAGGUCAUAUCAGUGUUUAGUAUCUACGGGUGUGGAAAAUGUGUUCCCACGUGUCAUUCCUCAUUUAAGACAGGGAUACCUUCAAAGUUAUAUUCAUUCCGAAUGACAAUCAUCCAGACAUCAGGUAGGGGUUUCAUUCCAAAAAGCGUUGUUCAAAAUGAAAAAUAGUUAUUAAGAAUAAAACAAAUUACAGAAGAGCAGCAAAAUCAUCCACCAAUCACCAAUUUGGCAAUAUAUAGGCCUAUAUUCUACAAAUUUAUCCCAACAAUUCCGGCGAAGGUUUACAUUUUAGUAAAUAUAUUAUUUAAUCAAUGUCUUGUUGUCACCAAAACUUCUUUAAUUAUAAAAUUCAUGAGAAUAGACCUUAUGCAUAAUGACGUCACAAGGCUUGAUGUCCGCGAUGAAUGCUGGUCUUAGUAGUCAUCGCCCGGGAAAAUUUCGAUACUGGCCAUUUUGAGUUGUUUAAUUUUCCCGGGCGAUGAAUAGCAAAACCAGAAUUCCUCGCGGGGCAUCAAGCCUUGUGUCGUCAUUAUGCAUAAGGUCUAUUGACUCGCAAUUUUAGAUGCAUAAUAUACCCAGGUGAUCUGACGGUAAACAAAAGGACUGGGACUAGCAACAGAAUAGAAAUCCAGUUUAGUGCCUUUAAUCACUUGUCACGCCCUGAUUCGUUUGUGAAACUAUUUGAAACUGUCUGUCUGUGUCCUGCACAGGGAAAUAGAUAUCUGGGACAAAUUUGAGAUAGAAAUCUAAUACCAUUAAUGAGAUAUUGAGUAAUUUUAAACCAGAAAUGGAUUUCUAUUUUACAACUAGUGCCAGGCCUUUUCCGAGUUCCGAGAUCACCUGGACUGUAGCAGGCUCAAUCAUCGGUUUACCUGCAAAUCAAAUGAGCGCAUAGUGAAAACCGGUUUGAGCCGGUUUCUUGGGAGAAACCAGGCUCUUCUCGCAGGGAAUGUAAAUUGAAUCUAAAAGCUGAUUUACAUUACACGAAUUGUACGGGUACCCAAAAACGGUACGAAUGACCUAUUUACUUUUAUUUUCUUAUAAAUUCUUUGCAUUUAUAAUUCUUGGCAUUAUAAGUAUAAUUUGGUUUUGUAAAAACAGUUCUUGAAACUGCACUGUCGCUUUGUUUUUGUUAAACGUAAAACCUCAUAAGAAAGGGUGGAAUUUUAUGCGAAAAACCUUUUAAAAGUAUGGUAAAAUAUCAAGCAUACUUAAUUAAACGUAAAUUCAAUGUUAUAUAUUGAUCAAAUUGUAAAGGACAUAUCAUAACGAGAAUUUAGUUCAUUUGGCGUAUUUAUUUUAAAUCAAAUUUAUUAUGGUACUUUUUCAUUCAGAAAUACAUCGUUCCAUCAAGCAAACCGAUAAUUUGGUGAAAGGUGUAGUUGUUGGGGCGGUUGUUCUCGCAAUAACAAUUUUCUCCGCUGUGAUUAUAAUUUUUUGCAAAAAGAAACGUGGUAAGAAAUUAAAUAUUUAUCCAGUGAAGAAUUAUUGUGACACUUUAUGUCAAUUAUUUAGGGAUACAUAAACAUAAAUAAUUCUCGGUACACGACUAAUAAACAUACGUCCGAACAUUAACGGUUCAAUUGAUGCUUCGUUAUUCAUGCGUCCAUGGCAUCAAGUUUAUUGCAAGUUAAUUGCAUGUUGAUUACGUGUUAAUAACGGAUAUCUGAUAAACAAAAGAUGAGAGAAAAGUCUAUGACUUGAGUCAUACUUAACAGAGUUUUUUCGUUUAUGAUAAUUGUUUAUCAUAAACUCAGAAACGCAAGGGUGUGGUGACCAAGCGAGUUGUUUCAAUAUAUCUCAUUACUAACUGUAAUGGGGAAAGAGCAUACACCCAAAUCUUCCUUUGGCAUCGGCUCUGUUAUUUAGAAUAGUUCUAUUCAAGUUCUUAUGGAAAACUGCUUGUUACGGCCUGAGAUACAAAUAAAUCUUAUAUACUUGAAAUCAAGAGGUUUUGCCGUUGCAUGCUGGUGCUUACCAUGUCUUUGACUGCUAGAAAACAUGUACUCAUUUAUUUUGAUAGUUGUUUAAAAUAAUGUAAUUGUAACUUGAUUCCAUAAUCGCUGUGAUCUGGAAAACCUGAGGCGAACUCCCUAGCGACACAUUUUUGUAUACCUAGAUUUUUCCAAGUGUCGUUAAAACAUAUUGUAUUGGCUCUAUUUGGCGCAACGUUACAUAUAAGGCACUGUCUAUAUUUACUUAGCAUAUUUCGUAGAUUGAAUUUUAAUUUUCUUCUGCGGAUAAGUACCCCAAAAUAAUUUCUUAAUUUAAUCACUUCUUAUUUUCAUUUUCAAAUAACAGCAGACGAGAAUAGUAAAGAACCUGAUACAAUUCCGAAGGAAAGACCAGGUAUUAUAUUAAUUAACAUUCAAUUUAACGCCUUAAUGACAGACGUAACCUUUUGGUCGCCGCCUGAGUUUCGCCAGUCAGUAACGGAUCCUGAGCAAAGAUGACGUGGUCGUCGUCAAAGUUUGAGGUUCUUGUCUGAUUUUUAUGGAUUCUAAGCACGUCGCUGUAGAUACGAAAUAUUUGAACGACUCAGAAAUGUCGUGUUUACUUUUUGUACUCGUGUAUGAAUGUUUAGUGAACUGUAACCAAAUAUUAAUGGUGCCAGAGCUUGGCACCUCAGAUUCGCAAUCUGUAUACCAUUUUCAGUUCAGACCGGGACCCAAAAUUAUACAACUGCAAGCAAAUUAUGACUACAAUAUUUAAGAAUACUUCAGCGCAUGGUAUAGCAUGAUAUAACAUUUUUUUCGGAAUUCGUCAACUCGAGCCCCCACAUCCUCGUACCCAGGGUCUUUUUGGGAAAGACCCUGGUAUUGUCUGGUCACGCGACUCUUCAAAAAUUAGUUCUUCGCUCACUUCCCCGGUGACAAAACGCUACUUAGUUACCCACCCUAAUAGAAAUUCAUUGUUACCUCCCAGAUUCUGGGAGACACAUGACGAGGCAAUGCCAGGGUAUUUUCUCAGCAGGUGGCCGGUCACCGAGCAUAAGAUAAAAUAGCCUGGGUACGGGGUUGGAACCGCCAUCUUUUUUUUUAUUAGACAGAUCUAUUUUGUCUCACCAUAUGUUGACGUGACCGAUCAGCGUAAUAGUACAUAAAUCUUUUAUUCUUCAUCUAAUUCCGCAUACAAUACAUGCAAUUUGGCUUUCUCUAUAUCAAAUUAUCUUUUUAGAAGACUAGUUUGUUCCUUUCUUCCAUCUCCAUGUUGGAGUAUAACUACCUGUACAUAUGGCGUUAUAUCCGAAACUAAAUUUCUUAAUUUAAAGGACACAUUAAAUAUUGUAAUUUGUUAUGUCUGUUUAAUAUGCAACUGAGCUAGCAUAAGUUUUGGAACAUGAUCUAACAUUUGAUAUUUGUCCGAAAGCUAAACAAGCCUCAAGCAACGCAAUGAUAUUUAAUUUGAUCGAUGUGUCGCUGGUAUGAGAUCAAAAUCACACGCACUGUAUAGCCCAGGCUUUCACAUUGAUUGUCUACCUUUAUUUCAGUAACGGAAGUUUUCAUCGCUCAUGGCAGUCAUUGCAAAGAUUGUGAAGAUGCCGUGCUCUCUGUGGCUACAUAUCUUAACAUGACAGGUCAUUGCAAAUGUUUCCUUGAUUUAUGUUCACUACCAAAGGAAUGGUCACCAGGCAUGACUCAAUAUUAUGAAAAUCAAAUUGCGAAAUGCCAAAAAGUUAUCGUCCUUUUCACCGUAAACGAAAUUCACGAAUUGGAAGAAAACGUAAAAGGUAAGGAAGGUGCUCGACCAGUACAGACAUUCCUCUUUUAUAAAAGGUUCCUCUUUUCUAACCAAAAGAGAAAAUAGUCUGUUCCCGAGGGAUAUAGUUAGUUUUGUUCUCCCGAGAGUUUUAAUUUUUCCUGAGACGAAAUCGAGGCAAAGAUUGAGAUUCGAGGAAAAACAAAACAAAGUAUUUCCCUAUAGGAAACAGAUAUUAAGUGUUUUGUUAUAUAGUGACGAAGAAAAAUAAACAACAUUCACAUGACAAUUAUAUCUCAUGAAUAGAACUCUUUAUUGGAAACCAUUUUGACAAUAGAAGAAUCUGCUAAAAGUUUUCACUUUAAGCAUCAUUUCCCAUUGCCUGUUGAGUAUAUUUCGUCUCUGUUUCAUACUGUAUUCUUUUCGUGAACUGGAAAAACGUUCUUUCUAAACUUUUGCCUCCAUUCUGAGCAUUUAUGCGCGUAUCCAACAAUUUUUCACUUUUGCUUGGUGGGAUACGUUGCAUUUAUUUAAAUCACGUCACCACAAAUCAGCCAAUCAUAUUUAUAAUAGUUUUGUUUGUGAAAACACCACGUAAAUUUAUUGCUGCAAAGCUUUCGAUCCGUAAGCCGGGAUCUUCGUCAGUGCUAAUGAUAUGACAUAAUAUGACAUAUUAUUAGCACUGAUGAAGAUCCGGGCUUACGGUUCGAAAGCUUUGCAGUAAUAAAUUUACGUGGUAUUUCCACAAACAAAACUAUUAUAUGUUUUUUCGCCAUGUAAACAUGCAAAGAACCAAUCAUAUUUAGUUUAAGCACUAGCUAUAUAUAUAUAUAUAUAUAUAUAUAUAUAUAUAUAUAUAUAUAUAUAUAUAUAUAUAUAUAUAUAUAUAUAUAACACAGAGCGCUUAUCCAACGGUCACAUUUAAGCCACUUCGGCUCAGCGCAGAAGGAACACUUUAAUCAGUUGUACUGAUAUAAUGCAUAUAGAAGAAUGAACCUUCUAUUCUUAAGGUUGUUGAGACAAUCUGUCGUGUACUAAUUAACUAGACUAUUGGUGAAGAUCCGAAUGUUUUCGUUGAACUGUUUCAUUCUUUAUUCAUUCAACACCUUAAGAUAUUACGUGCAUGAAUACAUGGUAAUCAAUAGACCAAAUGUUGUUGAUUUAAAAUCAGUAAUAAAACAAGUACUGGUGUGAGACAUUGUUUGUUAAUGUUAUAAUUAUCAGAUGAGAAAACCACAUCUGACAGUAAUUAACCAAUCUUGGCUCCGAUUCCAUGUGGUGAAUAUAUAUGUUAAAAAACUAGGAAGUUGGUAUAUUUAACCAAUCUUGGCUCCGAUUCCAUGUGGUGAAUAUAUAUGUUAAAAAACUAGGAAGUUGGUAUAUAUAUAUAUAUAUAUAUAUAUAUAUAUAUAUAUAUAUAUAUAUAUAUAUAUAUAUAUAUAUAUAUAUAUAUAUAUAUAUAUAUAUAUGUAUGUAUAAGAGAAGAGAGUAUUGGAGAUUAGUCUAGGACCUGUAUAUGAGUUUGGAUGCGUUUCAUUUAGCACAGGUAAUCUCAACUAUUUUAGGGUAAAAUGACCAUGGCGGUCAACAUGGCAUAUGUGCCAAAACCUGAAUCCGGGACGAAAGUCCUGUAAAUGACCCCGCCCUGAAAGGGCAGUGUCGACAUAGCUCUAACUUCAGAAAACAAAAAGCGAUAGUCUUUCUGAAGUGCUUAUAGUGUUUAAAAGGGUUGCUUUUAGGGGUGGUCAUUGGAAGAAAAAAUUUGUCUAAGUAAAUAUUUUACAAGAAAAUGACCAUGCACCACCACAGGUAAAUUGCUAAUUAUGCAUAAAAUAACUAAUAUGCCUGGCAGAAAUUAAAUAUUCUUAUUUCCUAAAAAAAAUUUAUCAUGGGGUAAAAAACUAUGCUUAAUUUAAUAUAAAUAUUGUUGAUAUCAUCAGGAUUGUCAUUGUUUUCUUUAAAUAUAAUACAUUAUAUUUCAUUUACCCCCCACGAAAACACGAUUUCAGCCAUAUUUUGCCGUCUUGUUUGCUUUUUAUCGCCGAAUCUCGCAAAUAUCAUCUAGUUAUUGUACUUUUACAUAAUCAUAAAUGGCUGAAAAAGAUUUCAAAGAAGGUUUCAUCCAUUUUAGAAACAGUGCAGUGUAUUUUAUCUUCGAUAUUGUGUCCUUUGAUAUUUCGUCGAAUUGCCGCCAUUUUAAUGGCUCGCCGCUUCUCUGCACGAUAAAUACCACUUCUUCGUUUUCAUAUGUAUUUAGAUUACAUUAUCCAGGAGUAGUUCAUUGUAGAAUAGUCCCAAUCCAAAAAUUGGAAAUAUUAUUUAUAUUUGGGGGGAAAAAACCUCCCAUAAUAGUUGUCCUGACAGAAUUCAAAAGAAGUAAUUUAAAAGUCACGCGCAAGUUCGCGAAAACACCUCGUGGGUUACAUAACAGGGGGGGUGAAUAUUUUCACGAAACGUUUGUUCGCCACCACAGGCCACAGCAACCUAACUAAGUACAUUAUAUUUAUUGUAUAUUUGUGAUUAUAAUAAAAGCAACAAAUAUUUGCGUAUUUUUAUCAUCAAUUAUAAAAAUACAAAAAAUAUAAUACAUUUAGUUAGGUUGCUGUGGUGGCGAACAAACGUUUCGUGAAAAUAUUUUCCCCCCUGUUAUAUAACCCACGAGGUGUUUUCGCGAACUUGCCCGUGACUUUUAAAUUAUAUUUUACUUCUUUUGAAUUCUGACAGGACAACUAUUAUGGGAGGUUUUUUCCUCCCAAAUACAAAUAAUAUUUCCAAUUUUUGGAUUGGGACUAUUCUACAAUGAAGUAUAUAUAUAUACUCCUGGAUAAUGUAAUGUAAAUACAUAUGAAAACGAAGAAGUGGCAUUUAUCGGGCAGAGAAGCGGCGAGCCAUUAAAAUGGCGGCAAUUUGACGAAAUAUCGAAGGACACAAUAUCGAAGAUAAAAUACACUGCACUGUUUCUAAAAUGGAUGAAACCUUCUUUGAAAUCUUCUUCAGCCAUUUAUGAUUAUGUAAAAGUACAAUAACUGGAUGAUAUUUGCGAGAUUCGGCGAUAAAAAGCAAACAAGACGGCAAAAUAUGGCUGAAAUCGUGUUUUCGUGGGGGGUAAAUGAAAUAUAAUGUAUUAUAUUUAAAGAAAACAAUGACAAUCCUGAUGAUAUCAACAAUAUUUAUAUUAAAUUAAGCAUAGUUUUUCACCCCAUGAUAAUUUUUUUUAGGAAAUAAGAAUAUUUAAUUUCUGCCAGGCAUAUUAGUUAUUUUAUGCAUAAUUAGCAAUUUACCUGGGGUGGUGCAUGGUCAUUUUCUUGUAAAAUAUUUACUUAGACAAAUUUUUUCUUCCAAUGACCACCCCUAAAAGCAACCCUUUUAAACACUAUAAGCACUUCAGAAAGACUAUCGCUUUUUGUUUUUUGAAGUUAGAGCUAUGUCGACACUGCCCUUUCAGGGCGGGGUUAUUUUCAGCACUUUCGUCCCGGAUUCAGGUUUUGGCACAUAUGCCAUGUUGACCGCCAUGGUCAUUUUACCCUAAAACAGUUGAGAUUACCUGUGCUAAAUGAAACGCAUACAAACUCAUAUACAGGUCCUAGAGUAGAUAGUAUGAUAGAAGAUACAGUCAUGAGAAAUGAACAAGUUUAAGAAAAGUAAGAAAAUAGGAAAGGAUAAAAGGAAGGUGGAAGAUUCUGCAAAUGAUUUAAUUAUUUGUCCAGUAUAUUACUUAAAAUUUUAAGUUAUCGCACCAAAUAUUUUGUCAUGACGGACAGUAUGUGCAUGUUUUGAAUGAAUAUAGGCUAUGCGUUAGUCAGAGUGGAGUUUAAUUUAUUUGGUACACUGUAUACAUGAUCAGGUAACGUGUGCUUGAUUGUUUCCUAAGAAAUACUUUCUUAUUUUCAGUACGGAACUUUAAAUACCAAAAGAACCUAAUUCGUUCAGAACUCUUUGCAAAUUGUCCAUCAACAAAGUUCAUCCCAGUUUACAUGGAUUUCUUAUCCGAUCUCGAUGUUCCCUCUUUCCUGAGAAACAAGAAAUCUUUCUCAUUGCCAUCACAGUUAACAGAGCUUAUACUAUACAUUAUUGGAGAACCAGUAUGCAAGCCAGUAUCCGUCUGUCCAAUGCUGUCAAUUGAAGAAGACAGUAGUUUGAUGAAACACAAGAAAAUCUUGGAAGGCAAGAUCAAAGAUUUGAACGUAAAACAUCAGAAGAAGUUGAAAAUUAAGAAUAACAACACGCUUGCAAAGGUACAGCAAAUACAUUAGUGUACUAAAAAUACAUGUACAUCACCCCAAAAAACUAAACCACCGCCUUUUAAGUACUGUUUAAUUACUAAACGAGUAGGAGUGUUUUAUUAGGUUUAAAGUCCUAAUUAUUAGACCUAAUAAAACACGACCUGCGAGUUACGUUUAUUAAACGGCUGCAACCACGACUACAAAUUCAUUAGAUAUACCGCUUUAUUAUAGUAUUCUUUAUAUAAAGAAUAUUAAUGAGGACACGACUACAAUAGAUACUGCCUAAUUAUUAGUAUUCUUUAUAUAAAGAAUACUAAUUAGGAGUGUUUUACCAUGUUUAAAGCCACUGCAUGUGACAUAUUAUGGUUGAUAUGAUUUGUCAAUAAGCUUAUGAAUUAUUAAUGAGUGUUUGAAGAAUAAAUAGUCCAAAUUUUAUCUUGGCUGUGCGCAUUAUAUUGUUCUAAUACGUUAACAAUAUAUACGCAUUAUUUGGUGAUCAAACAGUCGACGGCAUAACCUCGUACCCUGGUCUUUUGCUUUUGAGCCCUGAGGACGAAGUUUUCGACCGCAAUGUUCACAUUAAAGAGAUAACGUCUCCUUGACAUUCAGUGCUUAAUGACUGGGACCGAGGGAGGCAGUAUGUUUUGUGGACCCAGCAGAGGGUUCACAAAACGUACUGUUUCCCGAAGGUUCCACUCAAUCAAAGAAAACAAAAAAAGCUCCAAAACAGAAAGAUUAUAUUAUUGAUUAGUCACACGGCAUUGGCUUUAGAUUGACGGGAAGGAUUUGGUUGUGGACACAUUAUUAAAUGGUGGAUAAAAGGAGGCAAAAUAAUGUCCACCGCGGCAUGUUGCUGUGAGGCAGUCGAAUUUCAUGACUUUGACAUGAUACGUUUUCGUCCACCAUAGUCUGUCAAGAUAUGGUGGUCUGGAAGCCCGGCCUACUUCAGGCCGCAAAAUAGAAGACCUUUGUUUGAUAUGGGGCUUCGGUGGCGCAGUUGGCAGAGCAAGCUCCUUUGAGUUCGUGGGUUCGAUUAUCGCUACGGACUCAUGUGAAAAGAGUUAGUCAACGCUCUGCCGAAAGUCGUGGGUUUUCUCCGGGUGCUCCGGUUUCUCCCACAGAGAAAGUUGACAGGGUGGGUUAGGACAAACACAGUUAAGAAAGUAAGAUCACAAUUGUUGUAAAGAUAAAAUAAUCUAGGCUAAGUAUGUAAUUAUGUAAGAAAUAUAUGUACUUGCAUUGUGUAAAAUUAAUUAGUAAUCAUUUUAAUCUUUUUGUUAUUUAUGUUUAUAGAUCGUAUGA